AUGGUCGGAUUCGAUGGUCUUUUACAAUUGGAGACUCUCAAUUUAGCCAAUAAUCUAAUUGUCAAAGUGGAAGGGCUGCGUAAUUUAAAAUAUCUACAAAAGUUAAACUUGUCUUUUAACAACAUAGAUGAUAUCUCUGGGUUUGUAGACCUUCAUGGAGAUUCAAAUUCGCUCAAAAUAGUAGAUCUAAAAGGAAACGUUUUGACAGAUCUGGACCAAUUAAGGUUUCUUGCAGGUUGUACGAAACUCGUUGAUCUUACUAUCAUUGGACCAGGAAAAGCCCCAAAAGUAAAUCCUAUGUGCGUGAUGGAAUCAUAUCGACCAUGGACCGUGUUCAAGCUUAUCCCACAAAUUCGAAUACUGAAUGGCCGAGAUAUUCAUGGAAACGAAGCUAAUUAUUGUCAACCCCCUGUGCAGAUCCCACAUAUACAAGGUGAACCUGAACAAGAAGCCAAACAGUACAAACCAGCACUGUCACGCAAUAAUGUCUCGGAUAUUCAUAUAUUGCAAAAUACAGUAUAUAAACCUCUGCAGAAUAUUCUUUCCAAAGUUUCAAAAAUGGAAAGUCAAUUAGCAGACUCUAUAUCCAAACCACAGAUGGCCACCAAUGAUAUACCAGUUGACUCAACUUUGCCUAUUCCCCCCUUUAAAAGUAAUCAGCAGGAAAACAUUGAAGAAAGACUCCAAUCACUGGAAUGUCAUAUUAGCAAACUAACUGCUUAUCCGGCAUCUGAGCAAGUUAAACAUCACAAUUCUAAAUCUGUCGACUCUUCUGGCUCCGAGAAAAAUCAUGACUUGCUGAAUGGUGAGAGAUUAUCAGCAAUAGAGGAACAGAUUUCAAAACUAUCGGAACCAAUAUCUUUAUUCUUAAACAGCGCGUCAUUAAAGUCUGAUUACUCUAAAACAUCAUUACCUGAAAACCAAAAAAGUCCAGAUCGCACAAAUUCUAAUCUAUUAUAUCAGAUUAAAGUUGCUCCAGGAAUAAAAACCAGUGAACUAGAUGUACCAGUACCAGCACGAAACAGAUUAGUUGAGAUUCACGCACCAGUGGAUUGUAAUACUAUGGAGGGCGGCAAUGUCUUGACGGUUCCUAUGAGGGUACCCUCCAUGCAGGAUCCGAAAAACAUGUCUUUAGUAUGGAUAUCUGAUGGUUCAUCAAAAAUGUUACCACAGCGCGAUCAUUCUGCCAACUCUACCAGCGCUAAAAACAAUAUGCAAAAUUAUGCUUCCUGUUUGGAAAAUGGUUAUAGUGACUAUGGGAAACCUAGUCAUGCAAAACAGAUGAAACCGGCUCAGCGGCUUUUUUCAAAUAGCAAGCAAGUAGAUACAUUAGCUACAGCAAACUCUGAGCUUAUAUCUGCACUUGAAAAAGAGAAACAACGACUUUGCGACAAUGAGCAACUGUAUAUAGAAAAAAUCAAAACUUUGGUUGACCAGCUUCAGCAAGAAAAGGCAAUCUCUAAACUUGUUGGGCCAUUAAAUGGACAGCUUAAAGCAAUGAAAGCUCAUAUUGAGAAGCAUUCAAAUGAGAGCAGUAUAAGGGAACAGCUUCUGUUGUCUCAAAACGCAAUCAAUCAGAAGCUGAUUGAAGAAACUGAAAAAUUAAAAGCCCAAGCUAAUGAGACCAAUAUACAACUGACUGAAAAGAUACAAGAGGUGUUGGCUUUAAAAAAUACACAUGAGUCUAUAAAAAUGCAACUAACUUUCACAACUCUUGAACUCGAGCAGUCACAGAAAAGGUUGCAUGAUGCCGAAACUAGCACUGCAAAACUGAAUGCUCAAAUUGAAGGGUACAAGACAGAUCAACAUAAAAUCGCCAGUAAACUACUAAAAGAUCGUGAACAAUACAAAAUAAGAGCUGCCGAGAGUAAAAAGGAAACAAACGUGCUUAAACAAACUAUAGAAAAACUAUCUUCUGAACUUGGGAACAGUAUAGAAUGUUUAUCGUUGCGAGAAUCCGAUUAUCAAAUGCGCAUAGAAUCAAUUCAAAGUACGCAUGCAUUGAAUAUAAACGAAGCUGUUAACCAAACAACCGCACACUUGACUCAUCGUCAUCAAGCUGUGGUAAGCACACUGCAGACCUCUCUUCAGCAAACCCGGCAGGCAUACCAAGAUUUAGAGCAAGAAUUUCGUUUGGCAGUAAAGGAGCAAGAUACUCGAUCUGCAUACUUGCAGAAAAUGCUUGAAACUUCCAAAGAAAAUAUUGAAAAACUAGAACAAGCUACUAUUUUAAAAGAAAAGGAGCUGACGGAUAUGAUUAGAGAGCUAUCUGGUGUUAUCAAAAGUCAACAAAUCAAAGCGUUGUCUCUUGAGAAACGCGCUCAGGUUGCAGAGGAGAAGGAGCAAGAGCUUGAAGAGAUACUAAAAGAGUUGCAUGCAACUCGAGUCGAUCGAGAUCGCUUACUACAGCAAAUAUCUUUUUCUGAGGCAGAACUAAAAGCCUGCCAGACUGUGUGUGACAAUGCUCAAGAAAAUUCUAGAAAAUUAGCUGAUCAAUUGAAAUCUCAGUCUACUGAGCAUGCAAAGCAAAUUUCACAGAUAGAUUGCUUUCAAACAUCGCUUCAAGAACAGUGUACCAAGCUGAAAGAACAAACAGCCUACCUUGAUCAAGCUGUUCGGGUGAAAUCAAAGAUGUUGGAUGACCAAAAUGAAACAAUAAGGAUUUUGAAACAAAAUCUGGAAAAUAAGGCUCGCGAUCACCAGUCACUAGUAACAAAAUUUGAAGACUGUCAAGAGGAGUUGGCAGAACUCCGUCAUAUUGAUGCAGAAUCUGUUGCUGAUUUGAAAGCAGAGAUUCAAAGAUUAGAGAAAAGCAGAGAAAAAUAUCAGUUAGCAGCACACGACUAUCGUAACGAUCGAGAUGAAAUUGCUCGAGCUCUUGAAGAAAUGCGUGAAACCCUCAACAGUCGCAAUCAAAGUAUUGAAAUGAUUGAACAAGAGGUGGGUCGAGUAAAAGAACACUUUAAACUCAAAGAGAAUCGAGUACGAGCUGAAAAGGAAAAACAGCUUCAAAACAUCCAGAUCGUUGCCGAGUCAAAUACUAGAAAAUUGAAAGAAUAUGAACAGGAGCGAUCUGGCAUGAUCAACACCAUCGCUGACCUUCGUAGUGAGCUUGAUAACACGAAUUCACGAUGUGCUACACAAGAAUCGGAUAUCAAAAUACUCCUUUCUGAACUGGACUCAUGCAAGCGUAAAACGAAUGAUAAGAUAUCUCGUCUCAAAGCAGCUUUAAACGAAGCAUAA